AGAUACUCUUUUUUGUGUUUGUUGUCCUUCAGUUUUCACAUGCAGAUGCUUUCAGUGUAAAAAGUAAUUCUUUAAUCCUUUUUUUAUUUUAAUGGGGGACCUGGAAGUCCUCUCACCAUAGAGAUGUGUAGGGAUUAACCAGCCCACAGUGAUAGGAAGUAGAAACCAUAGAGAUGGGAAGUAGAAACCAUAGAGACAGGAAGUGAGGUAGGAAAAGGUUAUAAAAGGAGUCAGUUGCUGACAGUUAGGGCUGGCAGUUGUGGGGAAGUUGGCUGCUGGGCGUGAGUUGGUCAUUGGGGGUUGGUUGCGGGUGAUGUUGGUUGGUGAUUAGUUGGUGGUUGAGAGAGAUAUAUCAAUAUAUUUACAUAUAGAUUCUGCCUGGUGAGCUGAGUUGAAGGGUGAUGAGCUGGACUUUCUCUAUCAGCAGUUAUAGGCAGUUAUAGGUAGAUAUAGGCAGUUUUAAGUAGUAAUUAUAGGUAGUUAUAGGAUAACUAGUAUAAACAUUAGGAAAUUUUCUUUCUCUACCUCUUUCCUAUAUUUCUCUCCUUUACCAUAUUCUUUUACUAUCUCUAUUUUAAUUAAACUAAAUUGUUAAAGGCUGCUAGAAAUUUUCUUUUCUCUGGCUUAAAAGGAUAACAUUAAUUUACAACUCUACUAUAUUCUCAUUAAAACUUAAAUUCUUAAAAGCUGCUCUCUUAUUUUGUCAAAACUCCUAAUUUAACCCUUACAUCAAGAUUAUAGUAUAUGUAAAGUACCAUUUAAUCAAAUCUCCUUGAUAUGCCUUUAGUUUUUUGUUUUUUUUUUUAAUGAUAUUUCUGUCUCCUGGUUUUCAUCCUACCUUGCUAAGCAUUUAAUGGUUUUCUUUGAUGGAUCUUCAUGUCAUACCCUUCUUGGGGGUGAGUAUUGUUUUGAAAAGAAUUUUAUUUAGUUUGACAGGGUAAACUAAAUAAAAUCCUUAUCACAACAGUCUCCCCCCAAGACUGUCCUGGACCUUUUUCCUUUUUUGCUUGGUGAUCUUAUCGAAGUGCAAUGAGGUGGCUCAGUAGGUCAUGUGUUGGAGUCAGGAAACCUAAGUUCAAAUUCAGCCCCAAAUACUUGCUAGCUUUGUGACUCUAGGUAAGUCAUUUAACCUGUAUUUGCCUCAGUUUCCUAAUUUGUAAAAUUGGGUUAAUAGUACCUAUCUCCUAUGGAUGUGGUCAGGACAAAAUGAGAUAUUUGUCAAUUGCUUUGCAAACCUUAAAGCUUGUAGUAUUUAAAUUAAUGUCCAAUACUCCAAGUAUUACAUUUAUAAAGUUUAUUAAUAAUCACUUGAAGUAAAGGAAUAAAAAGGUAAUUAUGUAACAAAAUAUAAGGCCACUUGAGUAGAUUCUCCUGUCACUCACCUCACACCACCUCCACCAAAUGGGAUCACAGAAAGAGAGUGAGAGGCAGGGCUACACAAAAUUUAUAUCCUGCCUAUGUCAACAUGUAAUGUGAGGAGAGUGGGGUGCUGGGAAUUGUCAUUCUUGGGUUUAGAUUCCAAUUUACACAAGUUCUAUAUAAAUGCUGGGUAUUAUUAUCAUUUCCCCUGGAUUCAGAUAUCUGUGCAGAUGAUUGUUUAUCCAGCUACUGACCUCUAGUUUUGCACCUCCAGCUGCUUAAGACACUCUGAUCUUAAACUCAACAUGUCCAAGACAGAGCUCAUCACUCCCCUCCCUCCCCUCCCCAACCUACCUUUGUUCCCAGUUUUUCUAUAACUUUCAAGACUGUCUUUCCAGUCACCCAGGCUUAUUACCUAUGUGUCAUCCUUAUUUCCUCUAUCUUUUUCACCUAUCCAAUCUUUAAACAAAUUCUGCCAUUUCUAUCUUCAUAUUUCUCAUAUAUGCCCUCUUUGAUCCUCAGACACUGCUUCCUCCUUUGUCUAGGCUGCCAUCCCUCACACCUAGGCUAUUACAAUAACCUACUGCUUUGUCUCCUGCAUUUCAUCCUCUGACCAGCUAUCAAUGUGAUCUUAAAGUUUAGGUUUGACCAUGAUGUUACCCUCUUAUUUCAUAAACUCCAUUAAUUCCCUAUUAUCACCAUUGUGAAUGGGGCGUUCUGGGAGGACUAGCCCUUUGUGUGAAGGGUGUCCAUUCUGUCACCUGUGGCUCCAAGAAGCAUAGCAUUCCCAGAAGCUACACACUCUGGUCAAACUGUCUCUGCAGAGAGGCCAAACUAGGGUGGAGGUAACUGACAGGCCUCAAAUUCUGUUUUAACGUCUUCCCCAAGCAUAUAAAGCCUUCCCCUAGAGGAACAGGCAGAGGAGAACAAUUUGUUUCAGCGGCCAGGAAGGUGACUGAAGCAGGCUCCAUUGAGCACUUGGAGCCUGGUCAGAAAUUGAAGACAACCAAGGCCAUCCCCUGCAUCUGAGGCCAUUGUCCAUCAUCCCAACUUUCUGUCUUGCCACCAACCUCUGUUGACUCUGAAAGCGAGAGUGAGACCAACAGCUUUGUUCAACUCUGCCUCACUUAAAUGCACAAGUCAAGACAUCACUAUGUGAUGUCAUCAGUCCUCUGCAAACAAGGAUGAACGACAACAUUCCAGCAUGGCGGAUACCGACCUGUUUAUGGAAUGUGAGGAAGAAGAGCUGGAGCCAUGGCAGAAGAUCAGUGAUGUGAUUGAGGAUUCUGUGGUUGAAGAUUAUAAUUCAGUGGAUAAAACAGCUACAGUUUCUGUGAGCCUGCAGCCAAUCUCAGCUCCAGUGCCCAUCGUUGCCCAUGCUUCUGUUGGUGGGCACCUCUCUACAUCCACCACCGUUAGUAGCAGCGGAGCACAGAACAGCGACAGUGCCAAGAAGACGCUUGUCACACUAAUUGCCAAUAACAAUGCAGGCAAUCCUUUGGUUCAGCAAGGUGGACAACCACUCAUCCUGACACAGAAUCCAGCCUCAGGUCUGAGCACUAUGGUCACUCAACCAGUAUUGAGGCCUGUCCAGGUCAUGCAGAAUGCCAACCAUGUUACUAGUUCCCCAGUGACCUCACAACCCAUAUUCAUCACUACACAGGGAUUUCCUGUAAGGAAUGUUCGGCCUGUGCAAAAUGCAAUGAAUCAGGUUGGGAUUGUGUUGAAUGUACAGCAAGGCCAAACAGUUAGACCAAUUACACUAGUCCCAGCUCCAGGUACCCAGUUUGUUAAGCCAACAGUUGGAGUUCCUCAAGUGUUCUCUCAGAUGACACAGGUGAGGCCAGGCUCCACGAUGCCUGUGAGGCCCACCACCAACACCUUUACCACGGUCAUCCCAGCUACCCUCACCAUCCGCAGCACCGUCCCGCAGUCCCAGUCUCAGCAGACCAAGUCCACUCCCAGCACCUCAACCACUCCCACUGCCACGCAGCCGACCUCGCUGGGGCAGUUGGCUGUACAGCCACCAGGCCAGUCCAGCCAGGCCCCGAAUCCCAAGCUAGUGACUUCUCCAGUACUAACAUUUGAUCUCCAAGAUGGUGGCCGGAAAGUCUGCCCUCGCUGUAAUUCCCAGUUCCGUGUUACUGAAGCUCUAAGAGGCCACAUGUGUUACUGCUGCCCAGAAUUGGUUGAUUUCCUGAAGAAAGGAAAAUCUCUUGAUCCAGAGCCCAAUAUCCCAUCAGCAGCAAAGCCUCCAUCCCCAGAGAAGACUGCUCCCAUGCCCUCAACACCCUCUUCUACACCUGCUCCUACCCUUUCGCCACCUUCCAAGGCCCCAGAACCUAUGGAGAAUUCCGGUGAUGUCACCCAGAGCAAGCUCAUCAUGCUAGUGGAUGACUUCUACUAUGGAAGGGAUAGCGGCAGAGUGAGCCAGCUCCUCAACUUUCCUAAGGUGCCCACAUCCUUUCGAUGUCCACAUUGCACAAAAAGACUUAAAAACAAUAUCCGAUUCAUGAACCAUAUGAAGCACCACGUGGAGCUGGACCAGCAGAACGGUGAGGUGGAUGUCCACACCAUUUGCCAGCAUUGCUACCGCCAGUUUACCACUCCCUUCCAGCUCCAGUGCCACCUUGAAAAUGUUCACAGCCCCUAUGAGUCUACCACUAAGUGCAAGAUCUGUGAAUGGGCAUUUGAGAGUGAGCCCUUGUUCCUCCAGCACAUGAAGGAUACCCACAAGCCCGGGGAGAUGCCUUAUGUUUGCCAGGUGUGUCAGUACCGCUCUUCGCUAUACUCAGAGGUGGAUGGUCAUUUUCGAAUGAUCCAUGAGGACACCAGGCAUCUGCUCUGCCCCUAUUGUCUGAAGGUCUUCAAAAACGGCAAUGCGUUCCAGCAGCAUUUCAUGAGGCACCAGAAGAAGAGUGUCUAUCACUGUAAUAAAUGCCGGCUGCAGUUUCUGUUUGCCAAGGACAAAAUAGAGCACAAACUUCAGCAUCACAAAACCUUCCGCAAGCCCAAGCAACUGGAAGGCCUGAAGCCAGGCACCAAGGUGACCAUUCGGGCAUCUCGAGGACAGCCACGAACGCUGCCUAUGUCCUCAAAUGACGCGCCACCUAAUGCCUUGCAAGAGGCAGCCCCCCUGACUACCCCAGCAGACCCUGUACCCAUCUUCCUUUAUCCCCCUCUCCAGCGAAGCAUCCCGAAGAAAGCCGUCAAGAAAAUGAGUGUUAUGGGCCGGCAGACAUGCCUGGAGUGCAGCUUUGAGAUCCCAGAUUUCCCCAAUCACUUCCCUACCUAUGUUCACUGCUCACUGUGUCGCUAUAGCACCUGCUGCUCCAGAGCUUAUGCCAACCACAUGAUCAACAAUCAUGUUCCACGGAAGAGCCCCAAGUACUUGGCUUUGUUUAAGAACUCUUCUGUCAGUGGAAUCAAACUGGCCUGUACUUCUUGCGUCUUUGUUACUUCUGUGGGAGACGCCAUGGCUAAACAUCUAGUCUUCAAUCCAUCGCAUCAGUCCAGCAAUGUCCUGCCACGAGGACUGACUUGGAUUUCCCACUCCAGGCAUGGCCAGGCCCAUGACCGGGGCAUGAAGAACACCUACCCUUCUGCUUUCCCCCACAACAAAGUUGCCACUGUGAAAUCUGUGGGAGCCUCUCCUGGGUCUGGGGAAACACCCAUAUCCCAGGUCCAGCUGCUCUCAGCACCAUCUGCAGCUCUAACUGCUCCAUCAGCCCCUGGCUGCCCCCAGACUCCAGCAGCACCUCCUCUGCACACAGAGGGGUCCGAGGGCCUCAGUCUUGAUGAGCAGGAUGAAGGAGCCCUCGCUAUGUCAGAACCUGAGCCAGCAACAGCUGGGGGCCUUGGUGGAGCUGGCAAGAAGGAGCAGCUGUCCGUAAAGAAGCUGCGAGUGGUACUCUUUGCCUUAUGCUGCAAUACUGAGCAGGCGGCUGAGCAUUUCCGCAACCCCCAACGACGCAUUCGCCGUUGGCUGAGGCGCUUCCAGGCCUCUCAAGGAGAGAACCUGGAGGGCAAGUAUCUGAGCCUAGAAGCUGAGGAGAAGUUGGCCGAAUGGGUCCUGACCCAGCGGGAACAGCAGCUUCCUGUCAAUGAGGAAACACUUUUCCAGAAGGCCACCAAAAUUGGGCGUUCACUGGAGGGCGGUUUCAAGAUCUCCUAUGAGUGGGCAGUGAGGUUCAUGCUUCGGCACCACCUGACCCCUCAUGCCCGUCGGGCAGUAGCUCAUACCCUACCCAAGGAAGUGGCAGAAAAUGCUGGUCUCUUCAUUGAAUUUGUGCAGCGGCAGAUUCAUACGCAGGACCUGCCUCUUUCUAUGAUCGUGGCAGUCGAUGAGAUCUCCUUGUUUCUGGAUGCUGAGGUGCUGAGCAGUGAUGAUCGGAAGGAGAAUGCCCUGCAGACAGUGGGCACAGGGGAGCCAUGGUGUGACGUUGUCUUGUCCAUCUUGGCAGAUGGCACCGUCCUUCCCACUCUGGUCUUCUAUAGGGGUCAGAUGGAGCAACCUACCAACGUGCCAGAGUCUAUCCUGCUGGAGGCCAAAGAGAGCGGCUACAGCGACGACGAGAUCAUGGAGCUGUGGUCCUCACGGGUGUGGCAGAAACACACGGCGUGCCAGCGCAGCAAGGGGAUGCUGGUAAUGGACUGCCAUCGCACCCACCUGUCUGAGGAGGUGUUGUCCAUGCUCAGCUCCUACAGCACCCUUCCUGCUGUGGUGCCCGCAGGGUGUAGCUCCAAGAUCCAGCCUUUGGACGUGUGCAUCAAAAGGACAGUGAAGAACUUCAUCCACAAGAAAUGGAAAGAGCAGGCCCGAGAAAUGGCAGAUGGCACAUGUGAUUCAGACAUCCUUCUUCAGCUGGUGCUCUGUUGGCUGGCUGAGGUGCUGGAGGUCAUCGGGGACUGCCCAGAGUUGGUCCAGCAGUCCUUUUUGGUGGCCAGUGUCCUGCCUGGCCCCGAUGGCACUGCAAACUCGCCAACACGGAACGCUGACAUGCAGGAGGAGCUGAUUGCUUCUCUGGAGGAGCAUCUGAAGCUGAAUGGGGAGCAGACUGAGGAGGAGCCUUCGGCCUCCACCCCCCAGUCCAGACCAUCCCCUGAAGAGGUAACUGAGCCCGAGAGCCUUCACCAGCUCUUCGAGGGGGAAAGUGAGACAGAGUCUUUCUAUGGCUUUGAAGAGGCUGACCUGGAUUUGAUGGAAAUCUGAGGAGUAAAGUCCUGGGGAGGAAAGGAGUAGUAGGCAAAGGGAGUAAGGUACAAGGGGACAGGAAUUUUGGUUUUUAAAUUUUACACCACCCCCUGGUGUUGGGUCAUACUUCCCUCUGAAGUAAAGGAAACUAACAGAUCGUGUCUGAGCUGAGGAGCUGGCCAGAGGCCAUUCAACUUCUGCAGAAAACAGGUUUUCAUGACUUUUUAAAAAGAAAAAAAUUUAAAUCACUGUGUUUGGUAUUUUUCCAACGAAACUUAAGAAAAAGAAAAAAAAGUUCGUCAUGGGUGAAUGAUUUUUUUGUUUGUUUCCCCUCUUACCUCAACUGUAUCAUAGUUCUGUUUUUUGGGUUUUUUUUUUUAAUUGUGCGGCUGAUGUCUUUGGGCAUGAUACUAUCUAACCAUUGUCAACGUGAGACCAUUUCUGAAGACAAGAAAGACAAAAUUAUGUAGCUGACAAUAUGGUAUAUAUAUAUAUACACGCAUAUAUAUAUAAAUUUUUUUUUUCCCAUUGUGGUCUUAACACUUUUUAUACAUAAAAGGAAAAAAAGAUGAGAAAAAAAAAUCACCACUCAGUCUCUCCCAUAUACCGUUUUUCUCCUUCCUUCCCCAGAGAUAUUGGUUUCUGCAGUGACCCUAGAUAAAAUUGUGGCUUUAAAAAUGCGUGAAACCAUCUCUAAUUAUCCAGAAUGUUUUUUGGAUUUUUAAAAGUAAUUUUCACAAAGUAAAUAAGCUCUCUCUUUUGUUUGUGAAUACUUGACUCCCAUUCCCCAUUCUUGCCCCUCUGCUCCUUCCCUCUCUCCUGAAGACAGAUUUAUCUCAUGUCUAGAGAUGUGGGGGCCUGGAGUAAAUAAAAAGUAACUAAAGGCUAAGGCACACAGUGGGACAUGGGGAUACCAACCCCCCAAGCCCCUGUUGAUCUGGAUCCUGCCAGUUCCCUUUUGAUUAGAGGGUCCUGGAGUGGGAAGGAACAGCUGAAGCCUGCUCAGGAGAUUAUAUGCACCAUAGCCAGGAGGCUGGCAAUAAAGGCCAUUGUUAACCUUUAAGAAAAAAAUUUUUUUAAACGGGAAAAAAAUGUAGCCAAUACCCUGCGUUUUGUGUGGCUUUGUCACACUUCCCCUAGAGCUAGAGAGAAGAACCCAACCCGGAGACAAGAUAGACUGGGGUGUGCACAGACAUUGUAUCUUUUUAUUUUUCACUGCCAGCUUCAAGGAAGAAAAAAAAAGGAAAAAAACACAAUUUUUCUACAAUUUGCAUGUUUGAGGGGGUUUUUUAUUGUAUGUACUUAUGAUAUAAACUGAAAUUAAUGCAUUUUGACAUAACAGUAAAGAAAGGAAAAACCCACCAGCCCACCUCGCCCACGGCUACACCAUUCUGUUUGUCCAUCUUGAGGUUUUUAGCAACUUUCCCUCCAGGGAGCCGAGAGGCAGUGUGCACAGACCUGUAAAUGAUUUGUCUUUAAAAUGUACAUAAGUGGAACAUUUAAUAAAACCAGGGAAAAUGGA